UGUUUUUUGUGUCUGGACUGCAUUUUGUCAUCUCCAACUCAUUUUAUCAUACAUAAACUUGUCGAGUCUUUAAAGAAUUUGAAAUCUAGACAUUUGAAAUUUGAGAAAAGCACUAAAAUCCGGUAUAUACUCAUACCUGGAUUGUUCUCAUUCUGCACUGUUAACAUAUUUUCAAAACAUAAUUUGUGACUGAGAGAAACAGCGAUUUUAUCUUUCUACAUCUAGUCUAUUGUUCUGAUUAGAGAACAAAAGACUUCAGUAAAACCAAGACUAGAUGAAAAACAAUACUUAAAUUGGUAAUAUCCUGAUUCCACAGCAUUCAUCCUAUUUGUAAAUGUUUCAAAAAAUGGUAGAUGCCUUUUAUUAGACCACCUAAGAUGGGGCUUGGGUUAAAAACUAAAAUAGUUGGACUCAUCAUUUCCAAACUAGAUUGUUGUACAAACAUCAAAUCAUCAUUUCUGAGCCUUAAAACAUGGCAUACAGACCACCUCAGAUGUUCCUCAACAAAUGUUGAACAUAUUAUAAGGGUUUUGCAAAAGUCACAACAGAAAUCAGCUCUACAUCCUCCUUAUUUACCUUACUUUAUUGUAGAAGUAGUAAAUUUGGUUCACUUGAUGAACUUUAGAUCAGGAAGUUCUUCACCUAGAUUUGGUGAGUUUGCUCAUAAGAGAUGGGGAUCUAAAGUUUUUAAACUCCUGACUUUUCAUAUGUGUCUAAGGUGUGUGGCCAGAACUCAAAGCCUGACUCCUCACCAAGAAAAAAUUAAGCUAUCUGCUACAAAUAAAGUCACAAUAAAUCCACAUCUGGUCCCCAACAAAACUCAAUCACCUGAGCCCCACAUGUCAGAACAGGAAGUCUAAAGUUGCACUUUAAAAGGCCCACACUUGACCCCUUGACCUAAUCAGUGUGAAUCUGUGCCUCGAGACAGAAGACAAGUUUAACAGAGUCUCCAGUAUUGAGGCUUUUGCUAACAUGGCGUAUCUGUGGUGGCAUCACUGCAGCCAAACGUUUAAUUUCAACAUAUAUCAUCUGAACUGCAACAAAAUGAAUGAAGGUUGCAAACAAUAAAACAAUCAACCUCACACCACGCCACCAUGCUUGGACUGAGGAUUAUGAAAUCCAGCCUGCAGAUGUAACUUCCCCAGAGCUGCGUUCAAAUCCCACAGCCAUUUUGACUCUUUUCAACCUGUUGGAUCUGACCAAACUCCUCCUAGAGCUUUCCACUUACAGACUUCAAAAUGAGCAGGUUUGAUAGUGAGGAACUGGGGAUCAAAAGUUAUCAAAAGCUUUUUUCUGACUUGAAGCAGGUGAGCGUGACCAAGCCUCAAAAUCUGACUCCAUAAAAUACUAAGGUUUGAUCACUACGACACAGAACGUCGGAUAUGUACCAAUACCCGACACAUUCCCAUGGGCAUUUGAUGACAUCACUUUAGCUCCACCCCCUAAAAACAGGAAGUGACUUGUUUCAAGCUUUUAAGCUGUGUCUAAUGACAAAGAGCAAGUUGAUGUUGAAUCCUGCAGCCUCUGUUAACUGAACUGUGGGUUCAUGGCUUAUAUCUCUGUUUGCUACGACUGGCUCUAGAUCACAGAUGCAUGAUCCGAUUUGCUCCAAACUUCACGAGUUAUACUUUUCAACAGGAAAAACUUGUCAUUUAUUUAAAUUACAUUGACAUUUGAAUCAAAAUGCACCCCAUGGGAUAUUUCAAACAUCUUUAUUUCCCUGAUGGAUUAUGCAAUUUACGCCGAAUUGUGAGCUUAUUUUGUAGACCUUUAUUCAACACAUUGUGAUCUACAAAUUUGAUUACAUCACUUUAAUUCCAUCCAGAAUAAAGACACAGGUUUCUGUGGUGAAUGGCCCUCCAUGACACGGUUGCACCUUCUCUAAUAAUAGAAGAAAAUAUCAGGCAACAUUUCCAAAAUACUAAAGGAAGUCUUUGUUGAUUCUUCAGCACCAACAGGAAGUGGAUGUGGUUUCUACCAGAAAGGUCAGAUUUUGGCCAAACUUUGGAGACGUCCUGCUGGAGCUGAACUGAGCCUGACUGAACGUGAUAUUGAGGAUUAUUCCUAGUAAAACCAAGCGGCAACAUGCAGAUUUGAGCGCUGAUGCAGAAUACCUGCGGCCGCAGCACAUGCUUAUACAUAUUCAAACCUUAAGGGACUCUGUCUACUUUCCAUUUGCCACUGAAAGGGUCCAUGUUCAUCUUCCUCUUUGGGUAAAGUAGGGUGAACCAAAUUUGACGUCUGAAUUGUUUUGCACAAAACAUUUUGCUUCCUGUUGACUUUUUUUAGGUGCUGUAGCUGAUGCAUAUUCAUAGCUUAAAAGUGGAAGUGGUGGGAAGGCACCACAUUACACCGUUCUGCAACCACAUCCUGAGUCACCAUGCUCACAGUGACGCCUUUAGCUUGCUGCCUGGUUAUUCUUCCACUCAGUCUUCAGAGGUUAACACAUUAGUGUCUCCGGCACUACUUCACUCUUCAAAUUGUAGAAUUUCACAUUAGAAAAGUCUGGUCUGCUGUGUUUCCCCCUGCCUGCCCAGCUUCUGACACCAGUGAGUCAUCCCCAUGGCUCCUCCACCUCCAGCCCUGCCGCUGCUGUGGGGACUCACUUUAUUCUUUGGUGGAGCAGCCGCAUCUGUCUGCAAUGUCACCUGCACCACUGACUAUGAAAAGAUACUAAACUGCUCCUGCUCAGGCUCUGUGCCAACACUUCCUGUUCUUCUCACUGCGACUUGCAGCUCUGAGAACACAAACCUGACUGUGAGCUGUGAGACCAAACCGCCUCAGUCCUGGUGCAUAAUCAACGAGGACCUCAUCCUGGUCGCAUCCACCGAAACGCUGUGCAACGCCACCGCCAGCCGAGGCCUGGAGGUUCUCAGUGAGUCACUCCAAUGGGAGCUCUCUUCUGUGGUAAAACCUGAAGCUCCUGAUAAUGUCAGAGUGGAAAAGGCUGCUGGGAUCUACAACAUUACCUGGAGCAACAAAAGUGAAUACUGCGUCACAAACAAAGUCCGCAUAAGAAAUACAAGAAACCCAUCUGAGGAUUUAAUCUUUACGCAUUUACCAAACCGGAUGCACUUUGAGCUGGAUCAGAGAAAGCUGCAGCCCGGUGCUUCCUACGUUGUGGACGUUAAGGCAAAAAUCUGCGACUAUGAGUUCGUUGUGGGUCCGUGGAGUGAAUGGAGCUCUGGCGCAGAGUGGAGCACACCGGCUGACCCUCCGGAUGAGAACGGAGUGAAUUUUUACUGGCUUUACAUCUCGACGCCCAUCAUCCUCAUCCUCGCCCUCCUACUGCUGGGAUACCUGCAAAAACCGUGCUGGCAGAAAAAACUCAAAAUGAUGACGUUCAUCCCCAGACCCAACGACUAUUUCAAGCCCCUCUACCACAGCCACGGUGGGAACUUUAAGGAGUGGGUGAAGCCGGCGUUCAGCGAGUACGAUUACCUAAAGAUCACCACCUGCGUCAUGCUGAGCGAGAAGCAGAGCGAAAUCCUCAACUGGAGCAACGAGAAGCAAAGCUACAGCGAGGUCACCGAGGUGAAAGCUGCUGAUGACUUCCUGCAAGUCCAACAGCUUCCCAACAACCUGCUGAUGACGUUUCAGGACAGCAGCACCUCGCAGGGCACCAUCCACUCCACGGGACACAUCUCCAUCCACACCGUCACCCUGUCCGGAGAGGAGUUCGAGGGCGACGUGACGUCGCAGAGCUCGCUGAAAAGCUUCCAGGACUCGGAAAGCUUCGGCUCGUUUGACGACGACAACAGGGAGCGUGUUGCUUACAACUUAGGGGAAUCGCAUGCGUCCCGGAUGGAGCGGCACAGUGGGAUAUCACUACGAGAAAACCAGAUCGCCAAUGAUUUGAUACUGGAGAACCAAAACCUUCUGCCGGAUGGCGAGUUCAACGAAGCAGAGCGGGUGUCGCUCAACUCAUUCGCAUCCAAUGAGCAGUCGGAGGACGGCUACCCUCACGUGGACCUGGACACCAUCGACAGCGGCUUCGGAGAGUGUGGCAGCCCUGGAGCCUCAGACUCAAACUCUAACUCAUUUCCCGAGGAGAAACACUUAAAUUCAAACUAUGUCAAGCAGUGGAUGAUAUGCAGCACGAUUCAGGAAGACACCAGCACUGUGAACAAUGAACUCGAUGAGACGGUGACUGCAGCUUCUGGCUCACAACCACAGCUACAAUGACUGCAAGCAGAAGGAGAAUCAUAAUGCUGCAUGAACAAUAUGUGCAUCCUCGUGCAUUUCUUAUUUUGAAUGAGCCAAGUAAACGUUUCUUUUUUAAAAAUCUCUCUACUAAAAAGUUCUACUGAUGUCUGUUUACUGUUAAUUUAAUGGAACUGAGAUUCUUGUAUGAUUUGAAUGAGACACUUUUUUAGCUUCACCUUUAUUUGUACAGUUAAUAAAAUGCAGUUUCAGUCUCAAUAAAGAUCUGGUCUUAACUGUACAGAACGCAAACGUUAUAAGACAAAGGAGCAGGGCAGCAAAGUUUGCACAACAAUAAAAAAAGAAAAAAAGGUGUCAUAAGCAUAAAGAUGCUGAGAUCCAUCAGUAACCUUCUGAUCCACAAAGCGAAUGUCUGAAGACAGCAAACAACAGCUGGACAACCAAAUGAAACAUGUCGGCGUGUUUCAGCAGCCCUGGGACUCGGUUCAGUGGUUCUGCCUCCAUCUUGCUCAGGUGUAAAGGUCAUGCAUUCUUCAGCUGUAGCAACAGAAUGUAGGCUCCCUUAUCAAGAUGUCUGAUAAUGGCUAUUUCCUUGCAUUUGCACAUUUUUCUGUAACCACUGUAACCGAUCAUCCUGUUUGUGCAGUGUACAUGAAAAGAAAGCAAACUAGCAAAACGGCAAACUGGAUGAUUUUUGACAUUGAUAUUUCCAUACAAAAGCAAUUGUUGCAUGCAAUCCACGUAGUUUCUUCCCAUGUUUGGCUAUUCUAU